AUGCCUGAAACCUCGGCUGCACUAAUCGAUCAGUUGGUGUAUAUCGACAACUUCAUCAAUAGUGGCACCGGAGAUACUCCCAACUUAGACGUGGAUGGUCAACUCUCUUUGGAUUUGGCCGCGUUCGCUGAUGAUCUGUUCAUCUUUCCUGACGAAGAGAAACCAAACCAUCGUGAUGAUGACGAUGACAACGACAAUAACAAUGACAAAAGACGUAUACUGGAUCUCGCCGACGUUGACAGGUUUAACGGCGACUGGUUCGAGCACCAUGACGAGUUUGUGACCAAUGUGGGUCGUAAACCAGAUGGAAUCGGUGCAUUAGCAAAGAUCAACGAGAGUACUAAGCAAGCUAAGUUGAAUAGAACAAACCAUUACGCUAAUGCCCAUGGAGCGCAAGGUGCGCAGGGUGACCAUGAAACUGAACAUGAGGGAUUGAAGGGAAGUGACACCAUUAUGACCUCGGAGAUCGGCGACUUGUCUGGUCUUCCAAAAUUUCCUGUUCCUCCAGGAGCAAAGAAUUCUCUUAAACAGGCUGGCCUCUCGCUGAACCAAAUUGACUUGCUCUCGGCGUUGAUCGCCCAGCACCAGAAUUCUUUGGGCAAUACCAUCCCCGGUUCGGUUGGUGUUUCCCACGGCUCCUCCAGUUCACAUCUUCCACUUGCCAUAGCACCCACCCUCGCUUCCAACGGACAUACGCAAACGCACAGCCUAAUACUGAGCGAUCUAGACUUGGCCCUGUCGGUGGUCAGCCAACGAAACGGAAACCAUUCGAGCCAGAAUGGCCAGAAUGGCCAGAACGGCAGCUAUCUCGUAGAGAGCCCAGGAUCCAUGUACAGCUCGGGCUACAGCAGUGGAGGCACGUCGAUGCUAUCUACGCCGCAGAUACCAUCUCGAGGCAGCAUCAGCUUGGGAAGUGGUACGCCGUCACUGUUGACGGAAGAGGUGAAGAGGAAAAGGAAUACGGCUGCUAGUGCCCGGUUCCGGAUUAAAAAGAAGCUCAAGGAAAAAGAGAUGGAAAACAAAAUCGAGCAAUUGGACGAAAUGAUUAAGAACUUUGAGCUCAAGAUCAACGAGUUGGAGAUGGAGAAUCGACUUCUCAAGAAUCUUAUAAUAGAAAAGGGCAACCGUAACUCUGACCAGGAGUUGAAGUUGUUGAAGGAGCGGGUCAGACAUCACAGCGACCAGUCCGCAAAAAGGGAGUAA